UAUUGGCUUUCCCCUCGGGUAAGAGAGGACUGUAGCUCCGCCCCCUGUCAGCAAGAAGGUGUGCGCUGACGGGAAGUGUCCUGUGCAGCGGGUGUCCCCGGUGUGUCUCCCCCCUCCUCCUCCUCCCCCGGCCAUGAGCUGGUGCCGGGCUCUCCUGUGCGCGCGGUGCCGCUGCCCCGUGCCCUCGCCCGCCGCCACGCGCCUCACUCUCCGGAGACGGGCGUCCACGGGCCCCUCCAAACCCGUAGGGUUCAGGCCGGACAGGGUCGCCGUGGUGACCAAGACAACCCGCUAUGAGUUCGAGCAGCAGCGCCACCGUUAUGCCGGGAUGUCCGAGGAGGAGCUGAAAAUGCUGCUUGCAUUGAAGGGCUCCAGCUACAACGGCCUGUUACAGCGACAUAACAUUCAUUCAGAGAACGUUGAGCGAAUUGUAGAAAGUUUAAGGAAUGAAGGCAUUGAAGUUCGGGUGGUGAAAAGAAGAGACUAUGACGAGGAGACGGUACGAUGGGCUGAUGCCAUUAUCUCAGCAGGAGGGGACGGUACUAUGCUGCUCGCUGCUAGCAAAGUGCACGACAGAUUCAAGCCGGUGAUUGGCGUUAAUACCGAUCCAGUGAGGUCUGAAGGACACCUUUGUCUCCCAGUGCGAUACACUAAUUCCUUCCCGGAAGCUCUACGCAAACUUUAUAGCGGUGAGUUCAGGUGGCUGUGGCGCCAGCGCAUUAGACUCCACCUUGAAGGAACGGGUAUAAACCUGACCCCUGUAGACUUGCACGAUCAGCAGCUGAGCCUGGAACAGCAUAACAAGGCCCAUCAUUAUACUCCUGAGCAAACAUCCGCCACAGUAUCUGGGCCCCAUCUUUUGCCUGUAAGAGCGUUAAACGAGAUAUUCAUCGGCGAGUCUCUGUCCUCAAGGGUGAACUAUAAGUUCUGCAAACCUCGUUUUACCUUCUCGCUUCAUAGGGCCUCUUACUAUGAGAUCUCGGUGGACGAUGGUCCUUGGGAGAAGCAGAAGAGUUCGGGACUGAAUGUUUGCACAGGGACAGGCUCAAAGGCCUGGUCUUAUAACAUAAAUAAGAUGGCUCCGCAGACUGUAGAAGAAAUACUUCGCAUCGUUACAAGCCACAAGAAGCUGGACUUGCCUUUGGACAGUGAGCUCAUAGAGAGAGUAACUAAUGAAUACAACGACUCUUUAAUAUUCAACCCCGAGGAGCAAAAAAUGUUUUUCAGUGUGCGAGAGCCCAUCGCAAAUCGUGUAUUUUCCAGUAUUUAUCAGCGUGGUUUUACCUCCAAGGUGAGUGUGCGCUCGCGGUGUUGGGAUGCUUGCAUGGUUGUCGAUGGCGGGACGUCUUUUGAGUUCAACGACGGAGCGGUCGUGGCGAUAGCCAUGGAGGGUGACGACGCCCUACGUACUGUGCUGCUGGACGAAUGAAGACAAUGCUAGAGACCGAGAGGAGCUCCUACUUCAGGAAAGCAUUUAAUGCUGCCAGACCUCCAAUUCCUUCCCCAUUUCUCCCUUAUUCUCAGGACACUAAUAAUGUGUAGGGACGAUUGUGGAUUCUGGGCGUUCUGUUACAGCUGUGGGGGUGGAAGGGGGGGGGGGGGGGGUCGUCCCCCUGUGCAAGACAAUGAAUUAAUCCUGGAAGAAAAUGUGGAUUGAAAUGACUUUUGCUGUUAAACAGAAUUGCAGAUGUGUUGCAAACUGUGAAGCUCAGACCUAGCUCAAGCACAUAUGGGGCUGAGAUCCCGACAGCCGGUAUAUCAUAUUCCGGGGCGGAGACGGGGGCUGUCUGGCUUUCUCCACUGCUGUCACUUUCUACUAGCCAUGCUGAUGCCAAUCCAACAUGAUUAAAUGGAACCCUCAUUCUGGGGACUGUUGUACAUUUGUAAAAAAAAAAAAAAAGACAGAUCAUUGCCACAUCUAAUGCAAUUUUGAUAGCUUGGUUCUUCUGCAUCAAGCUCCUUUUAGCUGUUUAAAUUUGCUUUUUCUUGUUUUCUAGCAAAAACAAUUAUUAGACUUUGGGGCGGUUGUACUAACUGACUUGUACUUCUGUUUAAUUCUUGCUUUUCACUAUAAAUACACAUAUGAAAAAC